CCGCCUCCUCCUGCCGCUGCCGCUGCUUUGGCUGCUGCGUCAUACGCCCCAGAGCCGCCGGGACGGAGGGGCUGGGCCUGGGGACCCCCCGGCCUCCGCCUACACGCCCCCCGACGCCUGGACGUGCCCUUCCCGCUCCGAGGGCUCGCCCAGGUCUCCUACGUCUGCCCCUGCCCGGCUCCCGGCGGCCCCAGCUGUCACCGCCCCCCAGGAUGCAAUGGCGCAGCCCCCCCGGUUGAGCCGCUCUGGUGCUCCCUCUCUUUGGGACCCAGCUUCCCCUGCUCCCACCUCAGGCUCCAGACCUCGACUUUGGGAGGGUCAAGAUGUGCUGGCCAGAUGGACUGAUGGGCUGCUCUACUUGGGCACCAUCAAGAAGGUGGACAGUGCUCGGGAGGUUUGUCUGGUCCAGUUUGAGGAUGAUUCCCAGUUUCUGGUUCUAUGGAAAGACAUUAGCCCUGCUGCCCUCCCUGGGGAGGAACUCCUCUGUUGUGUCUGUCGCUCUGAGACUGUGGUCCCUGGGAACCGGCUGGUCAGCUGUGAGAAAUGUCGCCAUGCUUAUCACCAGGACUGCCACGUUCCUAGGGCCCCAGCCCCUGGAGAAGGAGAAGGCACAUCUUGGGUCUGCCGCCAGUGUGUCUUUGCAAUUGCUACAAAGAGAGGGGGUGCAUUGAAGAAGGGUCCUUAUGCCCGGGCCAUGCUGGGCAUGAAGCUCUCUCUGCCAUAUGGACUAAAGGGGCUGGAUUGGGAUGCUGGACAUCUGAGCAACCGACAGCAGAGCUACUGUUACUGUGGUGGCCCUGGGGAGUGGAACCUGAAAAUGUUGCAGUGCCGGAGCUGCUUGCAGUGGUUCCAUGAGGCUUGCACUCAGUGUCUGAGCAAGCCCCUCCUCUAUGGGGACAGGUUCUAUGAGUUUGAGUGCUGUGUGUGCCGGGGGGGUCCUGAGAAGGUCCGGAGGCUACAGCUUCGCUGGGUGGAUGUGGCCCAUCUUGUCCUCUAUCACCUCAGUGUUUGCUGUAAGAAGAAAUACUUUGACUUUGACAGAGAGAUCCUCCCCUUCACUUCUGAGAAUUGGGACAGUCUGCUCCUGGGGGAGCUUUCAGACACCCCUAAGGGAGAACGUUCUUCCAAGCUUCUCUCUGCUCUUAAUAGUCACAAGGACCGUUUCAUUUCAGGGAGGGAGAUUAAGAAGAGGAAAUGUUUGUUUGGUCUCCAUGCUCGGACCCCUCCUCCUGUGGAGGCCCCUACUGGAGAUGGAGCCCCCACCAGCUUCCCUUCAGGGCAGGGCCCUGGGGGAGGGGUCUCACGUCCCCUGGGGAAGCGCCGGAGGCCGGAGCCAGAGCCCCUGAGGAGGAGGCAGAAGGGGAAGGUGGAAGAGCUGGGGCCACCCUCAGCAGUGCGCAAUCAGCCCGAGUCCAGGGAGCAGAGGGAGCGGGCUCGUCUGCAGAGGGCACUGCAGGCCUCUGUGUCUCCACCACCCAUCAGCCCUAACCAGAGUUACCAGGGCAGCAGCGGCUACAACUUCCGGCCCACAGAUGCCCGUUGCCUGCCCAGCAGCCCCAUCCGGAUGUUUGCUUCCUUCCACCCUUCUGCCAGCACCGCAGGGACCUCUGGGGAUAGUGAACCCCCAGAUAGGUCGCCCCUGGAACUUCACAUUGGCUUCCCCCCAGACAUCCCUAAAAGUGCUCCCCACUCGAUGAUUGCCUCAUCUUCCUCAGUCCCAGCCCCCUCCCCAGGUCUUCCUAGACGUUCAGCGCCCCCUUCUCCCCUGUGCCGUAGUCUGUCUCCUGGGACUGGGGGAGGAAUCCGAGGAGGGGUUGGCUACCUGUCCAGAGGGGACCCAGUCCGGGUCCUUGCUCGAAGAGUACGGCCUGAUGGCUCUGUGCAGUAUCUGGUUGAGUGGGGAGGAGGGGGCAUCUUCUGAACAGCCUGCUUCUGCCAACCUCCCCAUUCACACACAGCGGCACUUUCAUACCCUGACCUCUGACCUCACCUACAGCUGGGAUGUACCUGGAGAGAUAGGGAGUAGUUCUCCCUGCUGCCCAGGCUGGAAUCCAGAGGGGGGUGGGAAAAAGAUUCUCUCUUUCCCACCCUCCUUCAUGAUUCCUGACCCCUCAUCCUUCCCAUUUCUUUUGAUGUUAUUUUGUUACAGCUUUUUAAAUAUUUUUUAAAAUUAUUUAACCCCUGGGUGCAAAGACUGAGGAGGGGGGAGGAUAAGGGAUCUUGGACUCUGUAUGACUGAAAUAAAGAGAAAUAAACAAACCUAGUAGCCAUGAGUCAUUU